GGUUGCGCUACGAAUUCAUGAAAGCUGACUAAUAAAACCGGGAUGAAUCGGAGAAGAAAAUUGGAUGGGAAACUCUGUCGAUAAGUCAACUCCCUCGGACACUGAUAUAAGUAUACUUUGCUCCGAUUACGCGUCGCGACCGCCUAUGGAUGCAAUUACACCUCAUCCCGCGUACUAAACACGUGAAAGGAUCGUAACCGUUCUCUUUCUACGCGAUAUUUUCCUCCGCUAUGUCUUCGCGUCCGCGGCACCGUUUUGCUGUUUGUGUUUGCUCGCGCUUUGGCGACGAUUUAUGCUGAUCUUGGUGCCUUUGAUAUUGGUGCCUUGUGUAAACAACGGUUUGCUCGACGUCCAAUAAGCAAGGAUCAAGAGAAAUGGUGGGAUACGGAACUUUCGGGAGGAUGUCGAAGUCGGGGAGCAUCAAGGAUGGCGAGAAGGGGCCGUACGACCCGGUUCCGACCGCCGACAAAGGCAACGAGGAGAUCAAGCUCGAGGCGAAGAUGUCCCUCUUGAACGGCAUCACCGUGAUCGUGGGAUCCAUUAUUGGAUCUGGCAUAUUCGUUAGCCCGACCGGCGUGCUCAAGAACACGGGGAGCGUGAACGCGAGUCUUCUGGUGUGGACAGCUUCCGGCAUCUUCUCCACGGUAGGCGCGUACUGUUACGCGGAGCUCGGUUGCAUGAUCAGAAAGUCAGGCGCCGAUUACGCGUACAUCAUGGAGACCUUCGGACCUUUCCUGGCGUUCAUCAGGCUCUGGGUUGAGUGUAUGAUAGUGCGGCCUUGCAGCCAAGCCAUCGUGGCCUUGACUUUCAGCGUUUACGUGCUGAAGCCGCUGUUCCCGGACUGCACACCCCCGGACGACGCCACGAGGAUACUCGCGGCAUGCUGUAUAUGUAUCCUGGCGUUCAUUAAUUGCUGGGACGUGAAAUGGGCGACGAGAGUGCAGGACAUCUUCACGUACGCGAAGCUGCUGGCCCUCUUCAUUAUCAUUUUCACCGGGGCUUAUCAACUAUUCACUGGGCACACGGAGCAUUUCACGUUCGAAAACACGAACACAGAAGUGACGUCGAUAGCACUCAGCUUUUAUUCGGGACUGUUCGCUUACAACGGUUGGAACUACUUGAAUUUCAUCAUCGAGGAACUGAAGGACCCUGUCAAAAAUUUGCCGAAAGCCAUUGGGAUCUCAUGCAUCCUUGUUACUCUUGUCUACGUUUUCGCAAAUGUGGCAUUUUACACGACGUUGAGUCCGGUGGAGGUUCUCGGGAGCGAAGCUGUCGCGGUGACAUUCGCGAAUCGUCUGUUCGGUAUGUUCGCGUGGGUAAUACCCGUGUUCGUGGCCCUGUCGACGUUUGGCGCCGUCAACGGAAUUCUUCUGACGUCCUCGAGGCUGUUUUACGCCGGCGCCUGCGAGGGCCAGAUGCCUGAGAUACUGACAAUGAUUCAAAUUUCGAGGCUCACCCCUACGCCGGCCGUCCUCUGCAUGGCUCUGUUAUCCAUGGUGUACCUCUGCUCUUCCGAUAUCUUCGCUCUCAUCAAUUACGUUGGCUUCGCUACUUGGUUGAGCAUAGGCGUAUCUGUUCUCUGCUUACCGUGGCUCAGAUGGACGCAACCGAACUUGCUCAGGCCGAUUAGAGUGAACCUUUUCUUCCCUGUAAUUUACAUUCUCGCCACCCUCUUCGUAACGAUCGUGCCUAUGUACGCUAGUCCCGUGGAAACAGGGUACGGUUGCUUGAUGAUCCUCUCGUCUAUACCGGUGUACUUCGUAUUCGUCGUGUGGAAAAAUAAGCCGAAGUUCUUUCAAAAAGGAGUCGGCGCCGUUACCAAAACAUUGCAGAAGAUGAUGGUAGUCGUCGGACCAAAGACUAAGUAAGCGUCACGAAGUUCCUGCAGAAGAUAAUACUGGCCGUUGGCAAGUCGAAACCCGCUCAGGUUUAAACCACACUCUGAAUGGUUCUUAGUCUUCGCAACGAUGACUUCCAGCCACGAAAGAAUCAGAUGUAUAUUAUUAAGACACUCGGAAAACGUUUAAGGAAUACGCGAUGAAUUCGAUUUCGAGUAGUAAUAAUAUUCGUCGUUUACGAGAAGGUGAAAGACGUCCUGAUCAGAGGCAGCCAUAUCGAAUUAGGACGCCUGCCAGUAAAUAGUUAGCUGAUUCUGCUAUUCAAAUGUCAUCCUUGUUAAAAUUUUCGCGGCAAUCGAUCAUCGGCUCCAGCGAAGAUAAUGACCACAAGAAAAAGAAUGUAUUUUAACAUAAAAAAAAACGCAAAUCUUCGCUGGACACGUGAAUGCAUUCAAAUCUCUCUGAUAACUUGACAGAGACAUUUUAUUGUUACUAUAUCCGUUUUAUCGCAUAUCGCAUCAACUCCAUUCUCGUGAUUCGACCCUUCGUUUCGAGCAUUUCGAUGUUAACUUUCGACUAGAAAUAGAUAUUUUAAUUUAUAGAAUGUUUCUAGCUUAUUUAUUAACACGGCGUUUGACUUAAAACAAUUCACGUUCUGUCCGUAAAUUUCGAUUCGUUAUAAAACGGGGGGUAAUUAGAGAAACGAAGGGUGGAAAUAUCGCAACGUGUUGGCACUCGAUCGCAUAAUAUAAUAAUCGUGUUUUACUGCCACUGUUGUUGGCGCGUGCAUCAUAAACGUAUACAAUAGAAUCGCGAGAUUUUCGAUUCUUCAUCGAAUCAAGCGAAGAACAGACAGUCAGUCGACUGACUCUGGCUAGACGAGUUUAUUUCGUUCGAUUCUCUUCAGAUCUUCGAGCGCGGAUUUAAGUUGUCGAUAAUUUCGUCGCACGUUCGUGCGACACGGAGCAAGCUUACGACCGUACGAAUUUAGGAUUUUUAUACUUUUUUAAGUGUAAUCUAAGAUUCUUAAGACAAUUUUAGUCCGUUUCCUAGUAUCCCUGUUUCUUUUUAUCAUUCCUUCUUCUUUUGUCAUGUAUGCGUGCGGGGUGAAUGUCUAAGAGAUAUGUUGUAAAAUAUCGUGGAAGAUUCUCUUUCAACCGUGCAUGGUAUGAAUUUUAAUCUUCGUCUUAUAGAAUAAUGUCACAGAAUAAAAUUUAUAAAUUUUUACCAUAAUUAGUUUUAGAUACUUUGCGUGUUUCAUUAUGCUAGAUUCGUGGUAUUAGAAAAUUAGUUGACCGUUCAUGGCCAGGUCUCCCCAUUCUCACUUCAUACAACCUUAACUAUUUUACAUGUAAAACCAUUCUUUUUGUACUCGAUGAAAAAUAUAUGGGGUACAAUUGAAUAGAUCAAGAGAGCAGCUUAUGGCUUCGUACAAAAUUAUAACAUUACCAUGAUGUUGAAAUUGACAUAAUUUUUUCAUCGACAUCUUAACUGUCCGAAAUUUUGUACACUUUAUUCCUAAUUUAUAUUCAACGUUUACAAUGAAUCAGAGAAACAACUGUUUGUAAAUGAUAAAGAAACAGUAAAUUGAUUAAGACCUCAAGAUGCACGUUGAGAAUUGCGGACUGUGCAACGAGGAAGUUACGGAAUCCAACAGAUACGAAGUUUUCCUUAUUUAUUAAACGUCAGAGGAAAAUGAAAGGAGCGGAACGUCAGGCAGCUCGCGAGAUUGUCUUGUAAUUUAAUUGAUCAAGUGCGAACCUUUUAAGACUUAACGAUUUAUCUCAUCCUCAUCGGCAAUGAACGUCAUUGCUCACGCGUUGUGAUUUUUAUUUAUCGUAGUUAUUCGAGUCGUAGUCAGUUUCGAUCUUUAAUGCCACUUUUUUUAAACCGACUGUUGACGCACGGAUUUCUCGAUUACAAUAUUCUCUUUCUCACGGGUGUAAUCAUUUUUAAAGAUACGAAGUGUGAUGCGACAAUUAUACAGUCUGCUUGACUAUCCUGACAUAUCGAAAGAACAUCACAAUUUUCCGUCAUUUUUAUAUACAUUCCUUUUUAUUAGUCUUAAAAUAUUUGCAUUAUUGUCGCAUUUUUUAAAACUUGUCUCCACACAAUUUUCCUUCUUGCAAAAGAAGGAAAACGACCCGUGAGGCAAAUCUCGUAUUAAGAUUUUCAAUGAACAGAAGCCUACGGAAAUUUUCAAUGAAAUUUCAGCAUAUCGAAAAUUGUUCUAGGACCAAAAACAUAUUUUUUCAGAAAGCGUUUUCUUCCGGGACCCGAUUUUGAUUAAUUGCAGAAAUGUCCUGUUGCGUCCAUACAUAGCAUUCAUGAUAAUUUAAUUACUUUCAUCGGAGCUCGCAAAUCAUGGCGAUUCGUCUAUCGUUAUCCUUUCCGAAGGAUAAGGAAAUGGAGAAAUUUUAAAUUUCAAACAGUCGCUGUAUGCUCAACAUUUUUUCCAACCAGCGAUGCUCAGUAUACCGAAAUAUUAGAACAGUAUUAAUUGUGGACUGAUUCAGACAAUACUUUACUUCUAAUUUUUAUGUAAUUUUAUUAUAACGAAAAGGACGAAUCGUCAAAACUCUACAUCAUGAUUAAACUGAGGUUUCCCGUCUUAACUAUGUGUUUGUAUUCUUUAUGGAAUACAUUUCAUUAUUCACGUCAAACAAUUAAAAAAAAAAAAGAAACAGUGAUCAGGGUGUCUAUCGAUGCAUGGCCUAUCGAUCCUGAGAUAGUCUUUACAAACAUAUUUAGAAAAUCGAGCAGAUAGUUGUGAUAUUUCAAAUACUUUAUACAAGUUCUUUGAAAUCAGAAGAGAUGUGAAAAGUUGAAGAAUUUAAAGUGAAUUACGUUCUCUUAAAUCUGAAGCCUAUUGAUAAUAUGAUUAGUAAAAUUCUAAGAUUCUGAAUAAUUUAAAUAAUUUUAUAAAUGAUUUAAAUAAUUUGAUAUUAGAGGCAAACAUGAAUUAUUGUAUGUUUCUACAACGAGAGCAUUAAUAGGCACUCUGACACACGUGACAAUAAGCAUCUACAUACUAAUUAAGUAUUAAGGAGUAACUAAGGUAAAAGAGGAGAGCGUUGAAGUGUUCGCCAAAAUUCGGCUUUUUUUUAAUUAUAUUUUUAUGUUUGCGUAAUACUAGCACGUACUUGAAAUGGUUUGCGAAGAGAACGAAAAAGAAGCGGAGGAACCUGUUUGAACACUUUAAUCUUAAACAGUCUCGAUUCCGAUUCCCGAUGGACCGUGGUUGCGUCGUUUUUCUCUAGACUCUUGCACUCGUUCGUGAAUUAGAAGUGCAAUGAAAGAGAAGGCGGUAUUAUUUUUAUAUUGUACAUAACGAGUAUGAAAUUUCUUUACACGAUGUAAAAAUAAAAAUAGGAGAACUAGAUAAUGAAAAGUAUAAAAAUAAAUCUUGUAGAAGAAGAAAUUAGAAGAAUUAUAAAAAGUAAUUUACAAUAACAACAGAUGAUUAAAGAGUAUUGUGAAAUAAAAAUGCUGCAACCACGUCUAUGAUUCUUAGACAGAAAUUUUUGUCGAAACGAAUGGAAACGAUUAGAAAAGAAACAACAUGAAAAGCAGUAGCUUAGGAUCUAUUUAGAUGAGAGAGAAAGGAAACGAGAGAUCUUAUGGGACGAGCAAACUGUGACAAUAUAUUAUAUUGUAUAAUAUACUGUUGUUCAAAAUA